AUGCUCCGUGUUUUUCGACGUCUUCCAGUUCAAAGAUGUCUUUGCACUGUUCCGCCGAAAAAUCCCAACAUUCACCGUACAAAAGAUCAGCGAGAUGUGACGUAAGAGACUGUUAUCCAAAAAAAAUAACGUAAUUGAGCAGUUGUUUGAAGAAAUAUGGAUUUGCUCGAGGAGCGAAUUCGUCAAAACACUGUCAAGAACCGUGAAAUCGAAGUCGAAGGUCAAAAAAUACAAUGGGCGUACAGAUCCGAGGUGAACAGCAUCUUCUAUAUCACUUUCAAUCGCAGCUCAUUCUUUCAGCUUGUCGGUCGCCAUGGUCUAGACAAGAAUCAUCGGAACACGUGGAUCGCCUAUCUCGUAAUCAUCUUUGUCGGAUUCGGUGCCUUCGUAGCUGUCAAAUCGCAAGUUGUGAUGGGGCGGCGACAAGAAAUGGACGCCCGUGAAGCACUGCGAAAGGAAUUGCAGUUGAGCGGCGACGCCCGGAAAAAGAUUGCAAUUGUCAAUUGA